AAAAUAGUGAAACUUUUUUUAUUGUGAUUGUGAGAGAAAAGAUAGAGUCAGCGGAACUUGCGAAGAAGAUGAAGAAUGACAUUGACUUUGAUAAACGACAACAUUUUUCUAAUGCGUAUUCUAUUCCCAAAUCCCAAUUACUUUUCUCAUUGGAGAAGACGUUGAUUCUAAGCCCGUUCCUGCUUUUUUUUUUGGGGGGUUCUUUUCUACUCUUCCAUUACCCUCCUCAAUAUGAUACCAAUUCUAAAAUUAAGACUUCAUUAUUUGAUAGAAGAAGAAGAAUAAAAAAGAGUGAAUUAUGGUUAUGGAAAGAAUCCCAAUCGGGUCAACUGUACGGGUGUUGGCGGCGGUUGUGGUGCUGGUGCUGCUUUUAAUGGUCGGUAAUGGGUGUGAGGCUUCUCCUUUCACCAAAAUUCGAAACCUUGCUAGUGUUAAUAAACCAAUUCACGAUAGUCCUCCUCAACAGAUUUCUCCUUCGCCUAGUCCCAGUCCCAAUUCUAGCGUGGAUUUGGGUCCAAGUAGAGUUAAUAAUUCAGUUUCUCCGGCACUGGGCUCGGUAUCUUAUGGCCUUUCCAAUGAGAACUGCACGAGCUCGUUGAGAACGUGCCCCCGUGAAAAUCAGAUUCAUAUGACUGCUUGCCUGUUUUCCUCUUCAAAUGCCAAUAUGGAGUUACUUCUUCGUGUUCAAAAUGAUGGAGGGAGCCCUUUGGAAGUAAAUGUUACAACCAGUAAUACUCUGAAAAAGAUACAAAUACCUGAACAUCACAUUAAGGAGGUCAGUAUCUCAGAUACAGGAAAUUCAUCAGUAGAACUAAAUGCUGGAAAUGGAGCAUGUAUAAUUCACUUGGAAUUACCUGCUCUUGAUAAUGGUUUCCUUAAGCGUGAUAAUGGUUCCCUUAAGCAUGAUAAUGGUUUCCUUAAGCAUGAUUAUGGUUUCUUUAAGCAUUUCUCCAACUACAAUGAUUAUGCAACUCCAGUCAAUGGAGCCUACUUUCUUUUCUUUACUGUACUGAUUAUUGGAGGCAUGUGGUCCUGCUGCUGCUUGUUCGGGGGAAAGAAACGGCACACUGAUGGAGUCCCAUAUCAAGAGCUAGAGAUGGGGCAUUCGAGCAAUGGCCAUGUGGAAACAGAAGAACCUUGGGAUCAAGGUUGGGACGAUGAUUGGGAUGAAAUCAAAACAGUCAAGUCUCCUAUGGCUCACCGCAAUGAAAUUGUGUCAACUAAUGCCCUUACUUCCAGAUCUUCCGAUGCAGAUGGAUGGGAAAACAAUUGGGAUGAUUAGGAUGAAAGCUCUCAUUUUGUGUCUAAUUCCCAGUUAAGCAUAGCAAAUCAAGAAGGUUAUACUUACAGAAAUAGGAAAACUUUCAUUAUUCAUUUUCAUACGUGUGUUCUUUAGCUCAAGCUAACACCUGAGGAUUAGAAAACAGUUUUGGUGUGUGGAAAUUUAGUAUUUUCAUUCAAAAUCCACGAGAGACUAAUUUUCAACAUUUGUAUUCGUAUUUGUAUUGUAUGUAUAUAUUUUGUGUUCUCUUUCCUACAAUGGAAAUAUGGAGUUCUUAAAA